AUGGGUGAUCAGAGUCUUAUUUUCAGAGGCUUGCAUAUCCUUUUCGAGCUUAUUGCCUUUAUCUGUGCCUUGGUAGGCGUCUGCGACGACAAGCAUGAUGGAUGUCGGUUCAGUACCAGCUGGGCCUUUGCUUUUUCUGUCUCAGUUAUCAGCUUGUUUUGGUGGAUCCUGCUUAUUCUCCAAGACAAAUUGAAGUGCUUCUCUUGGAGUGGAAUGUCAACGCUCGAGAAGAUUAUGUGGUUCAUUCUGUACCACUUCGUCUACGCUGCAGCGAUCAUAACUAUCUCAAACGGAAAGAACAGUGCCAAAAUCGCUGCAAAUUGCUUCUGGUGGUUUGAUCUUAUUCUUUUCUUUUUCGAGGCUGCACUGAUGGCAAAUUUAUUCGACAACGUCCAAAUCAAAGGAAUCACAGAUCAAGGGGCGCCGAAUUCAAAUGUUCAAGUCUCCAAGAAAUAG